AUGUCAACGGAUCAGAAGGAAGAAAACAACCUGAUCGUAAAUCUUUCCGAUAAAAUUCUGACGAAAGUAAAGAACAUAGCGAACAGAUUACAUAAAAACGAUCACAUAGACAGGGAUCUAAAACAGUACCUUAUACCAAAAUACCCUACUAGCGGUCUACUUAAAGGCAACCCCAAGAUCCACAAGAAGAACAACCCCUUUCAACACAUCGUCAACGGACAGGGAACGGCAACGGAAAGAUUCGCGGAAAUAGCAGAGAAAGAAUUAGAAGAAUUCAUAGAAGAUGGGUUUGGAAUCUGGACAGGAACAGUAGCAGAAUUAGAAGAAUUCCAAGCAGAAGUCAACACCAUACAUGAAAAGAUAAAAGUAGAGUUACGAUGGAGUUAUGAGAGUAUUGAAUUUUUGGAUGUGAUGGUUAUGAGAAAGGAAGAUAGGUUAACAACUGGAUUGUACGUGAAACCAACAGAUAAGCAUAUGUAUGUACAGGCCAAAUCAGGUCACCCACAGAAUGUGAAGAAAGCCAUACCCUAUGGAUUAGCAAUAAGACCGAGAAGAAUUUGCGAAAACGAAGAAGAAUACCAAAAGCAUAUAAAAGACCUGAAACAGCAACUGAGAAACAGAGGGAACAGCUCCCAAGUUCAUCGAAAGACAGUUGUCGGGAGUGGAUGGUAUGGAUAG